GUCGUCGUCUCUGGCUCUCGCGGUACUGCUGCACAAAGAUGGCGGCCGAACUGGUGGAAGCGAUGAACAUGGUCAAAAGUUUCCGGGUCUCAGACCUGCAGACACUGCUGGCCUCAAUGGGCCGCAGCAAAAGUGGGCUGAAACAGGACCUGGUGGGGCGAGCACUGAGGCUAGUGCAGACUGAAUACAGCCCGGAGCUUCUGAAGAAUGUCAGGCAGCUCUACGAGUCGCGCUUCCCCAAAACAUCUGGCUGGCUUGCGGCGCGGCGUCCAGAUGGCGUCCCAGUCGCCUACUCAUCCCUCAGCUCCUCCCCCACGGCCACCUCUCAGGGCGCAGACUACCUCAACGGCAUUUCCAAACCGAUCCCCACACCUGCAGCAGAGGUCAAGCUGGUGCCACUGCCCUUUUACCAAACUUUGGAGACACUGUUGUUACCAACAGAGCUAAUUGCCCAGAACAAUGAGAAACUGCAGGACAGUCAAUGCAUAUUUGAAUUAACACCAAACCAAGCAGACCAGAUCAGAAAUGCAAGUGAGCUUCGUCCUGGAAUGAAAUCAAUCCAAGUGGCUCUGAGAAUCUGUUACACAGACUCCAUCGGUGUCCAGGAAGACCAGUAUCCUCCCAACAUUGCUGUCAAAGUCAACCAGUCGUACUGUCACGUGCCGGGCUAUUACCCCUCCAAUAAGCCUGGUGUGGAGCCCCGCCGUCCUUGUCGUCCUGUAAACAUCACUCCCUGGUUGCAUCUCUCCAGUGCCACCAACAGAGUCACCGUCACCUGGGGAAACUUUGGCAAGCGGUACUCUGUGGCCGUGUAUCUAGUGAGGGUCUUCACUGCAGCCGACCUCUUCAACCAACUCAAACUCUGCUCCGUGGAGAGUGCAGAACGCUGUCGUGAACGCAUCCAAGACAAACUACGCUUUGACCCAGAGAGUGAAAUUGCGACAACGGGCCUCCGGGUGUCUCUCAUCUGUCCACUGGUGAAGAUGCGGCUCGGUGUGCCCUGUCGAGUUUUAACUUGCGCCCAUCUUCAGUGUUUCGACGCAGUCUUCUUCCUGCAGAUGAAUGAGAAGAAGCCCACAUGGACCUGCCCCGUCUGUGACAAGCCCGCCCCCUUUGAGCUGCUUACUAUUGAUGGGCUGCUAUCAGAGAUUCUGAAGGAGACGAGUGAGGACAUUGAGGAGCUCGAGUACUUGACCGACGGAUCCUGGCGACCUAUCAGCGACGAGAAGGAGAGGGACAGAGAAAGAGAACGCAGCAACACGCCAGAUUAUCCUGUUGUUGAUAUAUGCAUUCCUGAGGCAAACGGUCAUUCACCGGCCCACAGCAGCACCAGCCUGACGGGCAAGUCCGGAAGCGGUUCUGUGGGGAUGUCAGGAGGAACCGCUGUGGCACCGGGAGGAGGUGCGGUGGUAGAUCUGACUCUUGACUCCUCCUCUGAGGAGGAAGGGGGCGGGGCAGGAGGAGACAGCGAGGACACUGAGGACAGCGCCGACAGUCCGGCCCCGAAGAGGGGCCGAUACAACUACGACAAGGACCUGGUCACUGCCUACUGACCCCACAGCUCUGUCCCCUCGUAGACUGACACAGAGACCGAGAGGCAGGGGGCUUAAAAGGACAGGAACACAGGAAUCCACUAGAUGCAACGCACCCUCCCUAAUGCCCAAACAUCGGAGCCUUUUAGCAGCUCUCUGGUUUGUAUCCAGUCAAAACAAACACACUCAAACAAGCACUGUUAAAGCUUCAAUCUAGAGGGAUUAGGAUUCCUCUCUGUACUGUACACCACUGGAAGCAACUCUAACUAUUUUUGGCCAACAGUCACCUUGCAGUGAAUAUCUGUACCGUCCUGCCUCUACCUGAGGAGACUGAAUGGAUCGUGCACCACCAACCCCCUCCCCCCCCUCUCCUUCCCCCUUCUCUCUUUUUCCAGACUGGUCCCUCUCUACCACCUCAUCUCUCUUUGUAUUUGACUUGGAAUUACAGGCUCUUUUAGCCACGGGCGUCCGAUGUGUGCGUCUUUUGAUUUAUUUUUUUUUGUCACAUUUGUGAUGAACAGGCAAGUUGAAAAUGGAGUCUCCUCAGCAGUUUUUGGUAAAAGGUCAAAAACGACAACUGGAGAAUUUGGGGGAGGACAAGGCAGAGAUAUAUCUGGAGUGUGAUGCAAAUUAAAAUCUCUCCCGUUGUGUUUAUUUCUUUCUUCAGAGUAUGAAUUCAAAGCUUGAAAGUUUUUUUUGUUUUUUUUUCAGUAAUUUAUCCUUUUUAUUAAUGAAAGGGCAGAUCACAGUACUGGCCUCUGUGUGAUGCUUUCCAUUUUUAUUUUGUCCUUAGCUAAAGAGAACCUACCUCAGUCAUACAAUCUUAGCAGACUGACCAGAGAGUAGCUUAGAAAGAAGUGGAGGACAGAAGAAUCGAUGCGUCUUUCUGAAGCCAAUUUUACACUGGAUAUUUUGUUUUCCUACAUUUUUCUUUUUUUGUUUUUAUUUCUUUUAUUCCAUCGUCCCGUACAGCUCUGUUCCCUCUGCAGCGACAAGAUCUCCGCUAAAGGUUGAGAUAGUUUGUGGAUAACCAAGCUGAGUGUAGGUGUCAGUGAUGGGGGGGACUCGGUGAAACAUAAUUUGAAUUUGAAGUUAAAAGGAUUUGUUAGGAGUGAUAUAUCAGCAUUGCAUAUUGACGAAACGCAUCAAAACGACUGUGUGGCGGCUGUGCCAAAGUAAAUCUGUUUUAAGGAUUCACUCACAGGAACAUGAGAUUUUGAUGCCUUUUUUUUUGUUGUUGAGUGGUGGAGAUUGGAGCCUGUUGCUUUUAGGCGAGCUGAACUGGUCAGCAGAUCGGACCCCAGCCUGAGAGAAGGGGUUUUAUUUCUUUGAUGGUUUUCAAGUUGGAGAAAUUGACAGAGAGGCCGAAUACAAUCUGUGGUGAAGGACAGUUAUGGAGCAGGAAUCAGAAGCGCUGUCAUCCCUUCUUUUCUUUUUUUUCUCCACAUUUUGAUGUCCUCGUCUGGAAGUAUCAUAUUUAUUUAAUAGCUUCACAUUUUCUUAACAGUUGUGUGUGUAAUCAAUUGACUUAACAUUUGGCUGUUCUGUGCAGACCGGAGCUUUUGGUUACAGAUCUGCUGCUGUGGUUUUUGAGUGUUUUUAGUUAAAGUUGUUUUCCGGGCUCAUGGCUGUGCUGUUGAUGAACGCUCCCUUUUCUUUUCCUCUGAAUGAAUCCGACCUGAGUCGAAGCCCCUUUCAGAGUACUUCGCUGCGUUCGGGUUCAACAUGCCUGACACGACGAAACUUAAUGGAGUGUCAAUGAGUGCAACCCCACCGCGCUUAAAGUCAUUGAUUGGAUUACAAAUGGUCUUGUCUGGAACAAGUGGCGCUGCUUCAUCCAACAAUCCCCUCGGCCGCCUCUCGAUGUAGAUAAGGUCACGUCUAUUUGCUGGAAAAGAAUUGGAGUUUAAUUGCUACAUGCUGUAGACUGAAAAAAAUCCCUAAUAUUCCUCUGCCCUUGCACUAGUAUUGUCAGUAUGUGACGGCUGCUCCACAAAGAAGGAUACUCGGGCUGCAUGUGCAGGCUUUAGGAAGGUCAUCAGUGUUUGAAGAUGAGAAAAGAUGUUUGCACUUUCAUCUGAUACAUCAUGCCAACUUUAAGGCUUAUUUAUCUAAACGCCCUCGUGUAGUGAGUGUUAAUGAAGGACACCUGGCCAUCGUGAUCAGUUGGGGAGGAGAGUAAAAGUGACUCUGAUGAACUCCACAUUGUACGUUUGCCUAUCUGAUCAUCCCUUUGUUACGGUUUGAUCAGCACGGUUUUCUUUCGCCUUGCUCAUGAGCACAGAGAAAUUACGUUUUCACAUCGAUCCAGGCCUUGCUGUCGCUCGUGCAUCCUCAGACGAGGCCGAUGAUGGGGAAAAGUAGGUAGAGCGAAAUCUGGUCUUCCAUUUUUCUCUCUUUUGACACGGUUUACAGAAUCAAUAAACUGUUGAUGAAUAUUUGAUAAUCCACAAACAAUUUGGUUGAUGGCACUUUUGCCAGUAAUUCAUCAGUCUGUCCCUGAAAAGGAAAUUCUAUAGAAGGCGCUCUGAAGCUAUAUAAUGUAAAGAAACUCUAAUACCUUUCUUUAACUAGGCAAUUUGUAUUUGUAAGUAACUGCUAUACAUAUAAAAAAUUACAUUGUUCACUUGUCUGUGUAAAAGGUUAAUUGUUUGAGUGGAUCCCCGAAACUUUUCUUUGCCUUGUGGUUAAAGAUGAGAGAAGUGAAGCAGGUCGCUUCUGUGGAACUGAGCCAGAUACGUUCGCAGGUUGUUUGGGAGCCAGAGAGAGGGAGGGUGCAGAGAGAGAGAGAGAGAGAGAGAGAGAGAGGGCGCGCGGAGAGAGAG